UCUCUUCAGUGAACUGGAUCCUCUCAUGGUGCUCCGUCUCCACUCGGAUACACAGACCCUUUCAGCGCAUCUUCUUUACCUCCUCACGGAUCAACUGAACAGAAGUCAACAACAUGGAUCUUUCAUUUAUGGCUGCACAGAUCCCGGUUAUGACAGGAGCAUUCAUGGACUCAUCACCCAAUGAUGACUACAGCGCUGAACAUUCCCUCUUCAACUCCUCUGCCAGUGUCAAUGCGGCUCCCAUGACCUUAGUUCAGACUCAACCUGACGAGCACCAGCGUGUCUCCACUGAUGCUAUCUGGCUGUGGAUCGCCAUCAUUGCCACCAUUGGGAACAUUGUGGUGGUUGGGGUGGUUUACGCAUUCACUUUCUGAUCUGUCCGUUUAAAGACACUUUACUGGAACUGUACUGAGGAGAUUGAGGUGUUGGUUAUGACGAUAAUCUUUGGUUCAUGAAUAACCAAUAUUUGCACACAAAACAUUCCCUUCUACAACAUUAUCUGGAAGCUUAUACUUCAGUAAGCUGUGUUUGUUUAUUCUGUUCAGGAUGUUAAAAUGGAUUAACUGGCUUUAGGUGCUGAACCUACUUCAAUAUCCCUGAAGACCUUAGAAGCUAUUAAGAGGAGUGUUCCUCAAUUAUUUGGAUGACAGGACAGCAAAUCUUUAAACAUUAAAGGGAAGUAGGGGACGUACACACACACACACACACACACACACACACACACACACACACACACACACACACAUACACACACAGUCACACACAAAGAAAGUGGUUUGUAUAUAAAUUAGCAACACUAAAGCAACAUUUGUCUAGGUGUUAUGAUAAAACAUGAAUGUGUUCUAUACAAAAAAUGUUUUAUAGUUACACAUUUACUUCUGUACAAGAUCCAGUUAUAUUACUUUAUAUAACACUAUAUGUAUAAAAGACAUUAUAGUUGAAGUGAAAUGCUAGAUAUUUAAAUAUUUUUGCAUCAGGUACCUUUUUUCUAGGCAUCUAUCCAUAUUAUACAGCUCCUUAUUCCAGAAUCCCAUUUCUGUGUGUGUGUUGGAAUCUGCUAUGCAGUCCAGUUGUUGCUAUGGUGAUUAAUCCUGUUUAAUUAAGGACAUGAACUGUCUCUUCUCCAGCCAAGGAAAAGAGAGCUCCAGAUGAUAGUGCCCUCGCUGUUGACCCUCUUAUUUUUCUCCCAGCUGUUUUCCUUCUUCUGGUGAACUAUCCAGGGAAAAAGCCAUAAGCGCACAUUAUGCGCAGUUAUAGUGGUACUUUAAAGCGGGUUGCCAUGGAGAAGGUCAGAUGGGGUGCAUAGACAGGGCGCUAAAAAUGCGUCCACAGAGCUCUGGCUCUCUAAUGGGCUCCCAUAGGGAAAUUGUUACAGCAGAAUAGUCAGAUCUGUAAUCCUAAAGCCUAAGAAAAAGCAAUGUAUUUAAAUAUAUUGAGAGUCUUUAAAUGCAGUUUCACCAAAUCACAAUAUACUGUUAUGGUAACAUAGAAGUAGUGUAAUGUCUCCAGCACUGGUCAAAUAUUAAUGGACUUUAAUCAUAAGGGAAAUUAUGAUUAUGAUUGAUUUGAAAAUUAAAGUGAUUUAUUAGGAUUUCUUUUCUGGAGGCCACCCAUUAUUCGGCCCACUUUUUGCCUAAUAAAUGAUGCACUUGUGAAACCAUGGCUGUUAUUAUUGAUUUACCCCUUCACUCUUAAUAAAU